UUUAAGACACCUGAUAUGGUCUUUAAUUUUAUAUAAGUACAAAAAAUUCAAAAUUUUCGAAUAACUUCAGACAUGAUCAUUCUAAAUUUUUUCACGUUUGUUUGCGUCCUACUUGUGAUGAGUUUUGAUUGCACAUUGGGCGAGGCUGAUUCUAAAAUCAAGGGUGGCCAUGCAGCAAAUAACGGCGAAUUUCCAUACCUGGCCCUGAUAGCUGGGGGAAACGCUUGCGGUAGCGCGUUGAUAACAUUACAGAAAAUAGUCACAGCAGCGCACUGCUUCAGGAUCGAGUAUUCACCGGCGAAGUACGUCGAUUUGAAGGCGACGUACGUGUUCGCCGGCUCUAUUGUAUUGGCCGACCAGGAUAACGGUCAAAUGACUCAGAUCAAACAUUACAAGAUUCAUGAUCAAUACAAACCGAGAGGAGACGGCAAGAUGCUUUACGACAUCGCUACAGCAGAUUUGCAGAAAGCUUUCGUGCAAAACGACAUGGUUAAGCCUAUGACGUUACCGUCCAAAGAUCCAAGCAAUUUCAAAUCGGCUUGGGAUACAUUCGUUGCGUCAGGAAAAACUUGCAGGAUCAUGGGUUGGGGGACAGAAUCGGUCACUUUUGCUAGUGGACAACCGGUGCCAGGACAACCGUCACCAGCUUUAAAAACCACCGACGUCAAGCCAUUGAGCGUUGCAGAAUGUAAAUCGGCGCAAGGACCCGGACAAGACCUUAUGGACAUGGGUUACCAUUGCUUUUUGGGCGUAGAGCACGGUUCGAUGCCACUCUUCGGAGAUUCAGGAAGUCCAAUAGAAUGCGGGGGUAAAGUUUUUGGUGUAGCAUCGGCCAUUACAUUCAGUAAAAACAAUCCAGAGAAACCUACUCCAUUUUUUUACGUAAUGUUUGGAAACUACUUGAAAGACUUGGGUAUUGAUGCUGCUAAUGGUGCUGUCCCGUUUUGCAACGUCGGAACAUGGCCGUUUAUAUUCAUUCUAUUAACAACAAUCAUUCACACAAUUUUAUCUACUGUGACAUGAUACCAAGAAAUAAAAUUUAUUCAUUCCUCA